AUGAUAUUGUUAACUCUACAAUAGAUUUCAUAGGGAUAUAUAAUUUAUGAUCAGAGUACAUUUAGAUCAUUUAAUGUAAUAAACAAAGGAUUUUUAUGUUUUAAAAAUUAUGAAAGGACUUUAUAUGUAAAUUUAAAGGAUUCUUUUCGAAAUAUCCAAAAAAUAAUUUUAAUAUCUGAAAUAUUUGAUAUUCUAACUUAUUAAUUGAUUACCUUUAGAAAUUUUGGCUGUCACAGAAAAAAUUAAUAAAAAAAUAUAAUUGGAUUUUACACUAAAAAUUAAAUGUUCAGAUGGAAUAGUGAAUGGACUUGCAAUUAAUGA